CUUUCAUUGGAGACAUUGUGGCUCAGAGGACGCUGGCAAAGAGCCAAGAUGGCUUCCUUUCCGUGUGUAAACAACAACAGCAUCAAGUAAACGUGACUUGAGUUUAGGCCUGUUACCUCGCGCACCCCAGUCUCUGGAAAUAGACGAGAAAUACGCAACCAAAAAUAGUAAUGUGACAUUUAACCAUGUGCUGAAGAAUUCUAUAAUCUGUGUCCUUCAGACAACUCAUCCUUCUACUCUUGGUGGGGUAGCUCUAUAGCCAUGUCCUCACAGCAACCCACCAGCUCAGCCUCCAACAGUCCUACCAGUACCCUUGGCUCCCCUUUCUCAGUCAUCAGCCCCUCACUUGGUUCUCCUGGUGUGGGCUUUGGACCAAUUAGCAGUAAUCAGAUCAACUCUUCAAUGUCGGGGAUGCACUCUAUCAGCAGCUCAGAUGAUGUUAAGCCACCGUUUGGCUUGAGGCCCAUGUCUGCACACAGCCCUGGGAUAAUGCUCUCCCAGAAACGCCUUUGUGCCAUCUGUGGAGACCGCUCCUCUGGCAAGCACUACGGAGUGUACAGCUGUGAGGGUUGCAAAGGCUUCUUCAAACGCACUGUGCGCAAAGACUUGAGCUACACCUGCAGGGACAACAAAGAGUGUCUGGUGGACAAGCGCCAGCGCAACCGCUGCCAGUACUGCCGUUACCAGAAGUGCCUGGCCAUGGGCAUGAAGAGGGAAGUGGUCCAAGAUGAACGUCAGAAAUCCGUGCAGGAGGAGCGCCAGAGGAACCGGGAGCGCGAGGGGGAGCUGGAGUGCAGCAGCGCCGUGAACGAGGAGAUGCCCGUGGAGAAGAUCCUGGAGGCGGAGACGGCCGUGGAGCAGAGGACCGAGCUGCACUCCGACGGAGGCUCGGCCGUGAACUCUGUGAGUCGGGGGGGAAGAAAGACACACCCCAGGAUAGGGCCAGAUGUUGGGGAGAUUCCCCAUGAUGCCGUCACCAACAUCUGCCAGACGGCAGACAAGCAGCUGUUUGCCUUGGUGGAGUGGGCCAAGAGGAUCCCUCACUUCUCCGAGUUACCCCUGGACGACCAGGUCAUCCUCCUGCGUGCAGGUUGGAAUGAGCUCCUGAUCGCUUCCUUCUCCCACCGCUCCAUCGCGUUAAAGGACGGGGUCCUGCUGGCCUCCGAGCUGCACAGGGACAACGCGCACAGCGCAGGGGUGGCGGCCAUCUUUGACAGGGAGAGUGUCCAGAGUGCCGAGGUGGGAGCCAUAUUUGACAGGGUGCUCACAGAGCUGGUCAGCAAAAUGAGAGACAUGGAAAUGGACAAGACGGAGCUCGGCUGCCUCCGAGCCAUCGUCCUCUUCAACCCAGAUGCUAAAGGCCUGUCCAACACCGGUGAAGUGGAGCUCCUGAGAGAGAAGGUGUACGCAUCACUGGAGGCCUACUGCAAACAGAAAUACCCUGAGCAACAGGGAAGAUUUGCUAAGCUUCUCCUCAGACUGCCUGCCCUGCGUUCUAUUGGCUUGAAGUGCUUAGAGCAUCUCUUCUUCUUCAAGCUCAUUGGUGACACCCCUAUCGACACUUUCCUCAUGGAAAUGCUUGAAGCUCCUCACCAGCUGUCCUAGAGUGGGAGGAGCCUUGUGGCCGGGUUUAGAUAGCUUGGGUCUGGGAAUUUGCUGGAGUGGGACUGCACUUUUAGUUCUUUGAAUAUUCAGCAAUUUGUCUCACUGCUGUCUGGGUUAUGCUAUUUAGUGCACCACAGAUUUGCUCUUUAGACCAUUCCCAAGACAUGCCAUGAUAUACAGGCUGGUGCUAUAUAUUAAUAUAACUUCAUGAGUAACUGACAAAAAAAAAAGUAUUUUUAAAAAUGGGAACCUUUAGUUCCCUUACUGGCUUACUGAAGCAAAAAUUUGGGUAUACAUUUUAUAUAACUAUGUUUAUGCUUUUUAGACACCCCAAAUGAUAAGCUUCAAUUAUGUUUAUGUCUCCAUGAACAACCAUAACCUUAAAAAAAAAAGAAAAGUACAAAAAAAGUCAAGGUAAGCUGGGUCAUGGGUAUGCAAUGUAAUUUUUAUUUUUACUCCUUUGUAAUUCGAACCAGAUCUUUUGGAAAAAAAAGAACAUUUGUCUUUCUUGGGAAAGUAUAUUACUGUACCAAGCUUUCACUGUGUACUGUGUGUCUGACUAUAGCUCCUAGUGUUUAAGUAUCCCUCUCCGAUGAUUUGAAAGAAACAAAUUAACCGUAAACAUGGGGAUAUGAAACAAAUGAUCACAACCGACGGAGGACAGACUUGUGUUGAGUGUGGACUAGCUUUAUUUGUCUAGUAAUAUGCUAUUAGCGUUGUUUAUCUCUGCUGUUUUGUAAUAAUCUAAUCACCUUGCAGUUAAUGAUUAGACUGCAUUGCACACUUGCUAUGUACUAUUUCUAAACCACACUAUCAUCAAAUGUCUGGCCACCAAAUGCAAAAGUGUUUGUACUUAGGUGCUACCACAGACAGUUUGCCAUUUAUUCGGUGCAGCCGUUCACCAAACUGCAAACAUAGGAAAUUAUGCAAGAAACGAACCCCUUGGGGAAAAAUGUAUAUUGCGUAAGCUCUCUCUGCCUGUUAACUGUUCCGUUCAGGGGUUUUACAAAGUAAAUCAUUGUCUGUUGGAAAGGGAAUACUCCAAUGUGUAAUUUAUCUAAACAAUUGUAAGGUACUGUGCAAAUAUAAUUGUUCAGGGAAAAUACUAUAUAUUGAUAGAUUUGACUUAUGAGAUCAGGAGGCAGACAAAUUAUGUAAUAAUCAAUGUGCCCUUGCUUUUAGUCUCAACUUGUAUAGAGCAGAACAUGUCUUAGGUUGCACUGGGUUCCCUAAGUCUUUCAGCUGAAUCUCUCAAAUCUUUUUCCCUUUUUUUUUUCUUCAUUUCUUUGGAGCUUUCGUUAUUAGUCGUAUUUCUUGUGUAUUUCUUUUCUAGAUGUCUUGUUCAUCAUACGCUGUCUCUGCUUAGUUUAUUAAACACAAACCAUAAUCACAUUUACCGAUCCAUGACACCUGUGGGCAUAGAAAUAUUAAAACAAGACCAAAUAUGAGUUUUGUAUGAUGAUCAUGAGUGAACAUCUGAACAAGUGUAUUGUUAUAUUUGUCAUUAAUCUGCAUACACUCUGGAGCAGUUAAGAUCUGUGUGAGUGACUUGCAGCAUGGGUAGUGUGGACUGAAAAUAAAAGAGGCUUAACUUUUCUUUGUUUCAAUUGUA